ACCUCAAACCAUUGGAUGCUCACUACAUUGUGUAUCGACAAAGAUAUUAUCCAGGCUAAUAAGAAGAUUUUGUACAGUUUCAGUCAAUUUCUUGAAUAAUGCAAACAGCUUCUGGAAAGUUUAAAAAAAAAUUUGAUAAACUGGUACAGAGUAAAACAGGAAAUCGAGCCAGUAUGCCGGAACCUGUGAAUCACCAGGUGAAUGCAGCUCGCAAGACAUUCCUGACACUCCACCAAAUAUCAAAAUUAUUGAACACUAAUCUCGACCCAGCCACGUUGAGUAUUUGUGUAAGACUAUGUGAGAAUGGAGUGAACCCUCAGGCGUUGGCAACAGUGGUUAAAGAGUUGCAAAGAGAAGUUAAAGUCUUAGGGAAUGCUCAGUCAGAUUCUACUCCUGGAAAGACAAAUUUUACUAAAUAAUUAUAAGGCUCACAAAUUUUCACUUGAGAUUACCGAAGUCAAAUAUAAUAAAUCGAUAUUUAUUUGAUGAAAAUUAUCACAUCAGAUCUGUUUGGGUUAGAUUUUGACAUAGAAUAAACACUGAUGGUUUGAGUUUAGUAUAUCUAUCAUGUCAUCUCUUGUCAGAUCAUUAUGAUCUCUCGCAUCCUCAUAUCUUUCAAAAUCAUCAAGAAAGACGGAUAUGACGGAAUCAAACAUUAACAAUUUUCGAAUUGAGUCGUGUGCAACAAAGAGGAGGUUCAAAUCCGCAGACUCAAAGUAUAACACACGUAAGAACGGAUGGUUAAGUACGAAAUCUAUACCGAAAUACAAAAAAUCGUGGAAUGUAGAAAAUACGAAAGUAAAUAUCAAAGUUCUCUUGAAAACAAUUUAUGUGCGAACAUUUGCAUCUUGGCAAUAACAUGAAACAACACUCGAUGUUUCAUAGAUGCAAUAAUAUGAAUUUCAAGAUUGGUAUUUGAUGAUUAUGAAUAGUCAGAUAUCUCUUCAUCACUUCACUGUAUGUUAUAACUCUUGCUUCGUAUUAUGCACCUUGGACUUGCCUUUCUUUGACUGCGAUUUGGAAUUAUUUUCUUUACCACCCUACAGAGAGAAAUUAGCAUUAAAUUUUCAAUAUUCAUCAUCUAUCAGAGAUUAAUAAAACAAUUUUCAAAUGA